AUGUCAUUAAAACAAUCACCAACUAAAGAAGAUAUAGAAUUAGGUAAUCUAGAUGAAGAUUUAUAUUCAUCUUCUUCAAAAUCAAAUAAUCAACCAACAACUAAAUAUGGCAAAUUCAUUGAUGGGUUCAAAAGAGCUCCUGAAUCUAAUGUUGUAGGUGGUGAAAUGAAACAAACAAUAUCCAAAAAUGAAUUAAGAUUAAUGUCAUUAUCUACUGGGUUAGGAACUGGGUUAUUAGUUGCAAGUGGGAGUAAAUUACAUACUGCUGGACCAGCAGGUGUAUUAAUAGCAUAUUUUAUAACCGGUGUAUUGAUGUUGGUACCCACAGUCAAUUGUGUUUCAGAAUUGAGUAUAUGUUAUACGGGUUUACCUGGUGGAUUUCAAUCAUAUUAUGCAAAAUUUAUUGAUGAAAGUUUAGGAUUUGCGUUAGGUUGGAAUUAUGCAUUUCAAUGGUGUUGUGUUUUAAGUUUGGAGUUGGUUACUGCGGCAAUGACUAUCAAAUUUUGGAAUACUUCAGUAAAUCCUGAUGUUUGGGUGACAGUUUUUUUGGUUGUUGUCAUUUUGAUAAAUUUAGGUGGUGCUAGAUUAUAUGCAUAUGCUGAAGGUGUUUUCAAUUCUUGUAAAGUAUUGAUGCUUUGUGGAUUUGUAUUGUUUGGUUUGAUUAUUGAUGUUGGUGGUGGUCCUCAAGGUUUUAUUGGUGGUAGAUAUUAUCAUAAUCCUGGAGCUUUUACAACUUUUAAAGGAUUAGCUUCUGUAUUUGUAACAGGUGCUUUUUCAUUAGGUGGGUCUGAAUUUAUAAGUAUAUCUGCAAGUGAAACCAAACAUCCAAGAAGUUCUAUAAGAGCUGCUUCAAAAUUAGUUUGGGUUAAAGUUAUUAUAUUGUUUUUAGGUAGUUUAACAUUUGUUGGUCUUUUAGUUCCUUAUAAUAGUGAUAGAUUAAUGGGUUCAGGAGAUGCUGCUUCUCAUGCAUCACCUUAUGUAUUAGCUGCUGAAUUACAUGGUGUUAAAGUUUUACCACAUAUAGUUAAUGCUGUUAUUUUAAUUUCAGUUACUUCAGUUGCUACUGCUGCAAUGUAUAGUUCACCAAGAUUAAUGCAAUCAAUGUCUCAACAAGGUUUGGGACCAAAAUGGUUGAAUUAUAUAGAUAGAGAAGGUAGACCUUUAAGAGCAUUUUUCCUCGUUGUUAUUUCAGGUUUUUUUGCAUUUAUUGCUGCAUACGAUAAGCAAGAAACUGUAUUUACUUGGUUAUUAUCAAUUUCAGGUAUUUCUUUUGUGUUGUGUUGGUUAUUUAUUUGUGUUUCUUAUAUUAGAUUCAGAGCAGCAUUGAAGUAUAAUAAUAUUUCCUUGGAUACAUUGGCUUAUAAAUCACCAACUGGGGUAUUAGGAGCUUAUGUUUCAAUAAUUAUAAAUUCAUUAAUUUUGAUUGCACAAUUUUGGACAUCAUUAUUCCCAGCUGAUAAACCUGAUGCUAAUAAUUUUUUCCAAAAUUAUUUAGGAGCUCCUGUGUUUUUGGUUUGUUAUAUUGUUCAUAAAUUAUGGACUAGAAAUUGGAAAUUAUGGAAACCUGUUCAAGAUAUUGAUGUUGAUAAAGAUCGUGUGAUUUAUGAUCCUGAAUUAUUAGAAUUGGAAAAUUUGGAAGAUAGAGAAAGGUAUAUAAAGGCUCCAUUUUGGAAGAAAAUAUUGAUCAUUUGUUUUGAUUAG